UCCCAUAGUUCCUUGCAAAAUCUCACAGACUCAGUUGCUCUGAAAUGCAUUCAGCUGAACAACAGCGCGCACACGAGUUCAGUCGGGGAAGAAUUUAGAGGUUCACAAUGACCAGAGGUCCAGCUGUAAGCUAGCUUGCUUUCAAUCAUUGUUAAUCCUUGGAAUGGAGCAAAGGUUGACAUUCUCUCAUACAUACAGUAUGAAAAUGGCUGCAGGUAGCACUUUACCUCCAUGUUCGUCAUUGUGAAAGGUUCCCCUCUCACCCCCUCUGUAAUGUUUAACACUGGAUCCUUUGUGGAACUUGUAAGGGAAGAGUGCUAACAGGAAUCUCUACUCAUUGUCUGCUUAGAACAUCUGAAUUAGAGGUUUAGGCCCUACUCUCUGGUUUCUAUGAAAAUUCCUAUAGCAAGCCUCUUCACUAUAGCAGCACCACUUAGUAAUUUGAUACAGUCAGAGGUAGACUUGGGACUCCAGUGUCCACUGUCAGGCCACUACCAUGGUGGACAAAGAUGUUAUGGUGAGUGGGGACAGGGUUGUGGAGGAAGAGGCUGAACUGGACCAGAAGGAGAACGCCCCUGGAGAGCCUGACCCUGAGAUGGCACUUCCCCCACCUGAGGACCCCUCAGACGGCCAGACCAAGACAGCCCGGACCUGGGAGUGGUCGGUGGUGUUCCUGUGUUUCUAUGGGUUUAUGGGGCAGCUGAAGCCUGGGGAGCCCUUUAUAACACCAAACCUGCUCAGCAUGGAGAAGAACUUCACCAGGGAACAGGUGACCAAUGAGAUCAACCCGAUCCUGUCCUACUCCUACAUGGCGGUGCUGGUGCCAGUCUUCCUCCUGACAGACGUCCUGCGUUACAAGCCCGUCCUGGUCCUCUCCAGCCUCAGCCAUGUGGCCAUCUGGCUCCUCCUCCUCCUGGGCUCCUCCCUCUUAGAGAUGCAAUUCAUGGAGUUCUUCUACGGCAUCACCAUGGCAGCACGCGUGGCUUACUCCUCCUAUAUCUUCUCCCUGGUCACCCCAGAGCUCUACCAACGCGUGGCCAGCUACUCGCGCUCUUGCGUCCUCAUGGGGGUGUUUGCCAGCUCGGUGCUGGGCCAGGUGCUGAUAUCCGUGGGCAGGCUCUCCUUCGCCACACUCAGUGCUGUCUCCUUAGCCUUGGUGUCCUUCGGCCUGGUGCUCUCCUGCUGCCUGCCCUGGCCCAAGAGGUCCCUGUUCUUCAACAGGGCCCACCACGCUGCCCAUCGGAACCUCCAGGAGCAGGCUGCCGCCCAGUCGGAGCUAGCCAGGAUGAAGCAGGGCGAAGCGGGCUUGGAUUCAGGUGACACCCCCUCCCUGGCCCCUCUCAGCUCUGGUUCCUCCUGGAGGGACUCUGUGUUUAUUCAGAUGCUGAAGGAGCUGAGGAACGUGCCGCGGAGGCCCAGCCUGAGACUGUGGAGCCUGUGGUGGGUGUUCAACUCCGCUGGCUACUACCUGGUGCUGUUGUACGUCCAUGUCCUGUGGGACAAGGUGUACCCCGCCACGGAGAACAAACACGUCUACAACGGAGGGGUGGAGGCUGUCUCCACGCUACUGGGUGCGAUCACGUCGUUUGCAGCAGGCUUCGUGAAGAUCCGCUGGAACGUGUGGUCUGAGCUGGUGAUCGGCGUCAUCACGGCUCUGCAGGCUGGCCUGCUGCUCCUCAUGGGGACCACCAGCAACAUCUGGGUCUGCUAUGUGGCCUACUCCCUCUUCAAGGGUUUCUACCAGUUCCUCGUGCCAAUCGCCAUUUUCCAGAUCGUCUCGUCGCUCACCAAGGAGCUGUGUGCCCUGAUGUUUGGGGUCAACACUUUCCUGGCGACCGUUCAGAAGACCAUCAUCACCCUCAUCGUCUCUGACAAGAAGGGUCUGGGACUAGACGUGCACUCCCAGUUCCUGGUCUACUUCUUCUACUUUGCCUUGCUGACGGUCAUCUACCUGGGCUGUGCUGCCUGGGUCAUCAUUCGCCACUACAGGAACCAAUCGGCAGGAGGGGGAGGGGACACACACCAGGCCACGCCCACUGAGCUAUGUUCCGUACCAUCAAACCCCUCGGAGACGGAACCACUGUCCAAUGGGAACAACGUGAAGGCCUGAAAGGGAUAUUCCGGGGUGUUGGCAAUGAAGCCAACAUCCCCAGAAGCCAACAUUCCCCAGAGUCAGAUUAACUCGUGGAGACCAUUUUUAUGCAUCUGCAUGCAGUCUGAACUAGCGUUAGCGAAAUUGCUAACUACCCUUAGCGCAAUGACUGAAAGUCUAUCGGAACAGCUAGCAUGUAAGUUGUUCCUAUAGACUUCCAGUCAUUGCGCUAGUUGGCAUUGGCUCGCGAAACUACCUCUAACUUCCUUCAUACUGGAUGCAGAGACAUAGAAAUGGUACCCAUGAGUUCAUCUGACUGUGGGGAAGUAGAUAAAGGGCCUCAUUGCCAACAUCCUCAACUAUCCCUUGAACAUUGUCAUCUUUACAUCAACACCUAAACCCCCUACACUGACAUUGAGUGGUCUAAACGGUCUGGGAAUCUCUCGCUACGGUUUCCACACGACUGCACAAGGACAGAUGAGACUUAGAGGUGAGUCGAGACCUCAUGACACUUGGUUGGAUGUGUUGGUGGAGUGUAGUUUACCAGUAUUAGUGAACAGUCACUGUUCUCAGCCCUUAGUGCCUUAUCAGUUAUAUCCAACAUGUAUUCAGUUCACCAAAAGGAUGUUAUUAUGGAAUACAUCUUUUUUUCUCAAUGUUUAAAGAAUUACAGGCAGGGCCCACCUACAUUAAUUACUACAAGAUAAAAAAGCUCACUCGAUCAAGGCUAAUGGUCUUGUAAGCAGUGGUGGAAAAAGUACCCAAUUGUCAUACUUGAUUAAAAGUAAAGAUACCUUCAUAGAAAAUGACUCAAGUAAAAGUCUAAAAGUAUUUGGUUUUAAAUAAACUUAAGUAAGAGUAAAAGUAAGAGUAUAAAUGAUUUCAAAUUACUUAUUAAGCAAACCAGAUGACACAAUUACACUUUUUUAUUCAUCAGUAGCCCGGGGGACACUCACUGAGACAUCAUUUACAAAUUAAGCAUUUACACCACUGCCUGUAAGUAGCAAUACAUGACCUCGUAUGCGGUACAAAUCACAUUAUUGUGGGAGCACCUCUUAGAGAAUGAAUUAGGCUGUUUGAGAAGGUUUGCAUCCUAAGCAACCUGCCUCAACAUUGUUUCAAGUACAAUAGACCAGCAAUAGACUGUAAUAGGUCAAUUUAAGGAAUUUCCUUUUUCGGCUUUAGACCAAUCCCUACUUCUCACUCAAAACAGUGUUUUGUUUUUAAUAGUCAGAGUUUGGGCCUAGUUGUCAGCCUGAUGUUCUCAGAGAGACUGUUGACAUGUAAUAUCUAGUGGCUGCUUUGGUCUUAUCCCAGAAACAUCCCAAAUGGUGUUAUCCACUGGUGAUUAUGUUCACAGUUUUCCAAAUACAGGGUAAUCAUAUGUUCCCUGAUAAUGUUGAAGCACAUUUAUUUUCGUAACUCUGAGUGAGAAAAUAAUAAUCUCAAGUAGAUGGGACCAAUACGAAAUGAUCUACAGAAACAGUCUAAUUCUACUAGACUACUUCUUCUACUGAUGGAACAAUAGCCUGUUAUAUUCAGCAAAUGAUUCACUGUUCGCUAUCAUUAGGAAUUCUCGACAAUUGCUGCAAUUGUAUUGAUUAGCGAAAACCAUAUUUUUGAAUCUGUGUAUAUAUUGUUAGCUGUAUAGAAGUCCUCCAGUGAGAGUGUGCCCCACAGGAUCAUGAUUACUAUGUGAUCACAUUAGUAUUGCUUUAGAUUAAGCAGACACGUGACAGGAUGCAUUUUUGGGCUGCUGAAUCUUCCUGAAGAUUUUUCUUUGAAAAGUGUGAAAAGAUUUUCUACAUGAAGCCCUUUGUGUGUAUGUUCACUACACUCCCAUUGUCUUAGGUUUAAUCAGCGAUUGCUUGUGAACAAAGCAGAUGACAAUUGUUUUAGGGCCUUCAAACUAACCAUAUCAGUGCACUUUAUUAUAAUUUUUUAUUUCACCUUUAUUUAACCAGGUUGGCCAGUUGGGAACAAGUUAUGCUUGCUGCUAGUGAGUAGGUUGUCUGGAAUAAAGGUUGUCUGGAAAGAAAAGUGGUCUCUUGGGACAACUUACCCGGGUAUGGGGUAAAUUUAGCGGAAUUGUGUAAGUUAAGCCAAAUAGAAAUGUCUCUACUGAAUGAAAUAUUACCAAUACCUUUUUAAAAUAAUAUCUAUCUUUAUUUCCCAAACACAAUUGCUUAUCUCCUAACACUUUGUAGUUUAUAUAUAUAUAUAUAUUUUUAAACAUUGGCCAGGCCCUGUUACCUCAUAUCCCAGCGAUUAUGCCUGGGAAGAAAACACUUCAAUUUGCUAAACUUGCCAUUGGCUCAACUUUUACCCCAAGGCAAACAUUUUGAUUAUAUUAGCACACGCAGAUACAAUAAAGCACUUUCAUGCUGAUGUACAGAAUAAUCUUAAAAUGAUCUACUUUGCUUUAGAUACAAGCAUCAUGAAACCUCUAACAGAAAUUAAUUUGACUUGGUGAAAGUCUUAUUUUAUUUUUUAUAUAUUUUUUUUUACUUAACUUUUUCCAAAUGGUUUCUUCCUUCAGACUCAAUGAAAUGAUGACCUCUUCCUAGAUAUUUGGUCAAAUUAUAACAUUUUGUGUAUAGUUUCCUAGAAACAAGGGUGGCUCAAUUUACCUCUGGCUCAACUUACCCCACUCUCCCCUAUUUUUGUUUAAAUGUUUUCAUGCAUAUUUGUCUUUUCUCCCCCAGGAGUGCUAAUCAUAUGUUCAUUGUCUAAUAGGAAGCCCAUGUGAAUGUGUAAACUGGAGUAUAGUUGUUAUGUAUUACUGCAAAUGAGUUUGAGGAUUUAGCUAUGAGCUGGCAGACCUUUUUUCUGCAUGUUAUUUUCACGAAUUUUCGAAUGAGCUAUUUUGUAUUGUUUUAAUGCAGGGGUUCUCAAACGUUUUUGCUUUGUGACCCACCAAUUGAGCCAUCUUGAGUCUUGACCCACCAUAAGGGUUGAGUGGUAAAGAAAACAUACACAGACCAAAGCAUAAAUACAAAAUCUGAUCAUGGCAGUGGACACAAUAUUUUGCAGUUUCAAAGCUAAUCCCCUGCAAUUCCACAUUUUGCCAUGGAGCUGAGAUUUUGUUUGCUUUUAAGCAAAUUUCCUGCAAUUCUAUGCAUUUUUCCAUGGAGCUGAGAUUUUGUUUGCUUUUAAGCAAAUUUCAUACAAUUCUAUGCAUGUUGACAUGGCUGGUGUUCUUAUGCACAAACAACAUCAGUGGGGCCUGAUUGUCUAGCUUUUAUUUUGUUGAUUGUAAGUUCUCAAAGAUUAUAGGCUAUUAUUAAACAGUUUGGGAACUACUGUUUUAAUGGAACAAUUUAUUUAUCUGUGUGCGUAUGAGUGAAAUUGGGUUUUCUGAAAUGUUUGUCACUGAGGAAAUAAAAUGCAAAAUGAAGUUGAAAAAUGUAAAUAUCUUUUAGGCCUAUGUUUAUUCUUUGGAAUCUGACAACUCUAGGAACUCAUAUCUGGUGUACCCUUUACAUUCUAAAUGUGUUUAUACCAUACUUAAAGUACGCCCAUAAAUGCAGAUUGCACCUACCCGAUUUUUUUUUAUUGAAGUUGCUUUUAAUUUAAUUGCUGUGCAUAGGAAGUGGUUUGUUGAAUUCCUGUCCCCUUGAGUAAUCUUAGGACCAUCUUACUACAAAACUGAGAAAUCAUGUCAGAAUAUAGUAGAGUGCCUAUUAAUUACAUGUAGGGUGGAUAAAAGAUGUGCGUGAACAAUACAAGCACUUAACUUGAGAACGUAUGUACAAUAGGUCCGGAACACGAGAUAUGCAACUUUGCACUAUUCUCUAAUUGAUUUAAAAGGUCAUAUCUCAAGAAGGUUUCAGCCUAUAGUGAUGAGGUUGUAGAGUAUACAAUGAUUUAUACAUGGUCAUAUGGCCUCAUAAACAAAUACAAAGGUAUGAGAUUAAUUGCACCUAAUGGUUUAUAUGCCGUGCAGUAUACUAGCCAACGAGUUCAGUAUUGGAUAAGAUUUGUACCCUUAACAGUCAGAAUUGUUCAUGUUUAUUAUUGUCACACUGACUUCAAUCAAUGCCGAAUAUACACUUUGGGUGAAUGACUGUGAACCUAUUUUGUUGCUGUAAAAGAAGACUUAUGUCAACAUUUUAUUUUUGAUUUACAAAUAAAUCAGUUUGGGAAAAACAA